UUGAGCCUGGUCAGCUGACCGCCAGAGUUAGUAGAGCCAGAGUUGAUGUGAAGACAGUACCGGAAGCUUACAAAACACUGUCUCCUGUAGAUGUACAGAAAUCUAUUGACCAGAAGAGGAAAAUGUGGGAAAUGGCCUUGGAUUUUGAUGGAGGUUUGCUGGAAUCCUAUGAGUUGUUACCUACCUCUCUUACCCAGACUGUUGAUUUUGGAUUCUGUAAGUCAUGCCUACGUAACUUUGAUCCACCACUGCUGAAUGGAUGUGUCCUGUUGCCAUGCCUACACUACUACUGUGUUAAUUGCUGGAGAAAAUACAUCUGGGAGAAAGUUCAGAUGCGAUGUCACAGUAUUUGUUGUCAGGAUGAUACAUGUGAUGAAGUGGUGGAUGAGGUGAUGAUUCAGAUACUUCUACCAUGUCAACUUUUCAACCAAUGGCUAUGUAGCCGUGCAGAGGAUACAGUAGCAAAGUCCGGUCAAUGGCGCCAGUGUCCGAAGCAAUCAUGUGACUUGGUUGCUAAGGUGACCAGAUUUGGUAAAAGUUUCUCUGAUGGUAAUGAGCCAGUCCUGUGUGGCUGUAACCGAGUUUGGUGUUUCUCCUGUGGGUCGGACACACACUGGCCAGCCACAUGUAGCCAGUACUCUGUCUACCAGGGAAUCACUGUCAAACAUCCCUUGUCAUGUGGAUGAAGAACAAGUUGACCGUCCAGAAGCUAACCAAAAGACACAUACAAUAGACCAGUACAACUCAUUUCUACGUCACUCAUCUACGGAUUACUACAUGAUGUGUACAGAGCACAGAAGCAGAUGGACUGUCCAACUCAAGAAUAUCAAAUCACAACUGUGGAAAAAACUCGGUAGAAAGAAAGAAAGAAUUGUUUCAUGGAAGAAGAUGAGAAAGAUGGAUCUAUAUGGCCACACAGGCUUGGAGAAAGCCAACCUAGAGCAGCUGGAGUCGAGCGUAAAUUUUCUCAGCGAUGUUCAUUUUAUAAUGGAGAGUGUUUGUCUGCUACUAUCAAACAUUACUCAAAAGAUGCAGCCUCUCAAGGUCAGGCUCCUACUGCAACAACUAUACUGUGGUAUCAACACAAUGACAAAGAUGUUUAACCAGCGGCGUCUAGAUCAAGAUGAUAUAAAGAGGAUGAUCCGGUCACAGUCAAGCAUUGAGGACACACUGAAGUUUUUUGCUGUCUAUAUUCCAGCACUACAAGGGAGAAAUGUUCUAACGGUGCGAAGAAGAAAUGUUCAAGCAUUGAAAAGAAGGAUUGCUCAAACACAGCAAAGGAAGAAUGUUCAAGCACUACAAGAUGAGAAUGUUCGAAGACUACAGAAGAACAAUGUUCCAAGACUACAAGAGGAAAAUGUUUCAGUACCACAAGAGCAAAAUGAUUCAAUACUACAAGAUGAUAAAGUCCCCGGACUACAAAAGGGGAACAUUGCAUUAUUACAAGAGGGGAAUGAUUCAGUGCUACAAGAGAAUGAUGUUGUGGUACAGCAAGGGAGGGAUGACUCAGCACUACUGGAGAAUGAUGUUGUAGUACAGCAAGGGAGGAAUGACUCAGCACUACUGGAGAAUGAUGUUGUAGUACAGCAAGGGAGGAAUGACUCAGCACUACUGGAGAAGAAUGGUCUAGUACAACAAGAGGGGGGAGCUUCAGUGAUACAAGAGAGGAAUGACUUGGUGCUACAAGAGAAUGAUGUUUUAGGACUACAGGAGAGGAAUGAUUUGGUACUACAAGAGAAUGAUGUUUUAGGACUACAGGAGAUGAAUGAUCCAAUGGUACAAGAGGAGAAUGUUUUAGGACUACAAGAGGGGAACGUUUCACUAAUACAUGAGGAUAAUGUUCCUGACAUUCUAGAUAAGAAUGUUCAAGCACUACAAGGGAGGAAUAUUCCACUAGGACUACACGAGAGAUAUGUUCCAGCACUUCAAAGGAAGAGCUUUCAAACACUGAAAAGAAGGAAUGCUGCAGAAUUUCAAAGAAGGAACGUUUCAGAAAUAAAGGAAGGUACUUUUCCAGUACUAGGAGCGAUGAACGUUACAAGGAAGCUACACGUGAGUAAUGUUCCACUGGAAUUACCUGGGAAGGAUGUCCCAGCACUACAGAAGACAAAUUUUCCGGCACUACCAAAGAGGAAAGUUCCAGUUACGCAAAGGAGGAAUGUUUCAACACUACAAAAAAAUAAUGUUCAACCACUACAAGGUAGUAAUCUUCCACCAUUAAAAGAGAACAAUCUUCCACCACCACUUAAACAGAGGAAUCCACCACCACUUAAACGGAGAUAUCUUCCACCACUGAAACAGAGAAAUCUUCCACCAACACAAGAGAAGAAUGCAACAGAACUACAGGAAAGAAAAUAUUCCAGAACUAUAAGGGAGGAUUAGAGCCCUACCAUAGAAAUUGGUCAUAGGGUGACCUUUUAAUCAUUAUCUAUUUCUGUUAUUGACAGCAACGAUUUUGGAGGGUUGAAAUUGUCCGGAAAACACCUAAUCUUGAAUCACUGUCAAAGAAACUGCACAGGAAUGAUAGGGACCAUGUGUAAAUAUGCAUGCAGGGUUACUUUACACAGGUUUUGUUAAGCCAUGCUUCAAGGUAUGUUGAUGAAAGUUGGUAUUUAAUUUCAGUAUGAGCAUAUCAUGUUCUAGUUUCCAGGUUUUUGGGUCAAGGUCACUGUUACUAUUUUUAGCGGGGGCCGGUAGUGGUCAUGACUUGCUUAAACAAUACCCAGUGUGCUUGUUUAAACUUGGUCAAUUGGUGUAACUUAUCAAUGCCUAUAAUUUCAUACAUUUCAGAGUCGUUGCUAUGUAAACAGAAUGGAGGCUCUUGAUUAGUCAAUUCAAGAUAUUGUCUGAUCCAGCCGAAAAUUGAUAUAUUUGUAAGGUUUUAAGGGGUGACAAUUACAAAAUUACUGUUUUUCAAAACAUUGACUGUCAUUUGGAUGCCAUGGUUACCAAAAGAAGACCUAUGACUAGACAGAUUUUUCCGUACUGCUAUUCGUGAAGCAAUUUCAACAAAACUAAGCAUGAAUAAUAGAAACCGUAAUUAUGUAGAUGUACAUGCAGGUUUUUACGAACAUUUUAGUUGCCAUUGUUAUUUUAUACAGAUUAUUUUCAUUAAGGCUACACUAUCAGUUAACUAGGACAAUAUUAUAGACAUGUUAUAGGUAUCUAUGAACCUACUUUUCUGCACCACUGUCUGAUACAAGUGUAUAUUGAAAUUAUCAGUAGCGGGAUAUUAGCUAGCUAUUAGAUUAGUUCUAGUUUGACAUUGCUUGCCAUAUGAUAAUAAUGAAACAUUGUAGCAACAAUAAUGAAAAAAGGAUACCCACCGAUGUUUUACACUGUAGUGACGAGGAUACAAUAAUUGGUACUUUACAGCGGCGGCAUCAACAUGGCACUUUAGAUUCUUUACUCAAAAAGCAAGUCCAGUUUUAACAAAGCUUUGUAUAUAGUUAGAUAACUUAGUGGACAUCUCAGCAAACUCUUUGUUAACAGAAUAUCAUUAAGAAUUUAUGGUCCAGUGACUCUGGACAUUGGGGAUACUGGGGAUCUUGACAUUUCUGUGUUUAGCGCAGUUUCUGAAAACGUAUCGUUGUCAUUCCAACCAAACCUAGAAGAUAAGUUGCAUUGGAGUGUUGGCGUCACAACACAACCUAUUUACAGUUUGUAUUACCUUUUUUUUUUUUAAUAUUUUAUUUUGAGAAAUUAAUAUGGUUUUAUUGCUUCUCAAAUCUCAAGUUGACUUACAAAUUAGUUGACAGUCAAAUAUUGCAACAAGUUUUGUAAAAUAUUAGGGGCCAGUUUCAUCAAUAUUCCUUGAUUUAAUGUCUCAUAGGAAAGUAAUACAGGAUUAAUGGAUUUGUUUUUAAGUUAAGGAACAUUGAUGAAACUGGGCCAGAUUAGUUCAUAAAUUUUGAUGUUUCUCAAAACUUACUAUUCUAACAAAGCUGGAUAGCCGAGACAUAAUUAUACAAAAUUCUGAAUAUCAUAGUGAAGAAUCAUUGUAGCAAACUUAAGAAAUGUAUUAUAUAUAUAUGUAUAACUAUGUAUUUAUGAUGUCACCAUCUGCCGUUACUGAAGGUUAAACCCUAUCGGGGCAUACUGGUGUUAGGUGAACACUGAAGGAGUGUACCUUCGAAAGAAUUAGACAAUGUGGCGCUGUAGGAGCAACAGAAUUAUUGGACGUUGUUACCAUGGCAAAAACAAUGUGCGGGGCUUCAUUUAAAUAAUGUUCAAUAUGUCAGAUGUAUCUUAUCUUUUCUCUUCUUUCUGAACAACGUUCUUCUUCCUAAUGUCUCCCUUGACAAUGCCUCACUUUUGG